AUGGAUCUUCCGCGAAACCUUACCGCAAAUUCUACCGGCAAUGUCUCCCAUUCUGAAGCACAACCGAAUACAGCAUUCCUGGGAUAUCUCCACGGCAGCCUGGCGGUCGUUAGCUUCCUCAGCAAUACAUUUAUUUUAACUGUAUUUACCAAAUCAUCACAAUUAUGGACGCCGUUUUCCGUAUACAUUGUCAGCUUGUCAUUACUGGAUUUAGUCAACACCUGCACCAACCGUUUCGUGCUAAUCAGCCAAUUCCUGAAAAUUCCCUGGCUCCUGGGCGACGGUUAUUGCUAUUUCUCCCUAUUCGCCACAACGGUGAUUACCGGAUCGAUUAUCCACACGCAAGCAUUGAUCAGCAUCAACCGUCUGUGGGCCGUGACCUUUCCCAACCACUACCGCCUGCAUCACUCGAUUAAAGUCUCCGCCUGCAGCGAGAUCGGUGUCGUGUUGUAUCUCUCCGCAUGGACACUCCCGGGAUUUAUUCUAACCGAUCCGCGCUCCUAUUUCAUCCCGCAGGCGUGCAUGUAUGACUUCUCCCAUAAGAGCAUCCUCUUCAUCCUCACCGGCAUCUGCACGCAUUUCUUCCCGCAAAUCUUCAUCCUCUCCAUGUAUCCGUUUAUCUACUGGAAGGUGCGCGUGGUGAUGCGGCGCAAAGUCGGGGUCACGACCAAGGCCACCGAUGUCCACCGCAACUCACUGGGUGCCGUUACCAAAGAAACCAAAGCGAGCUCGGAUAAUGCGCCGGCCAUCAGUCAUGUAGCAAAAUCGGGAGUGCACGUAGAGAUACCAGAGGGGAAGAAGCGGUUGAAGAAGUUGGUGGCGGCGGCCACUGGUCAGCGGCAUUUUGCGGUGUUGACGGCCAUGUUGUUCAGCGUUAUCGUCUUCUGGACGCCGGUGCAUGUGACGUACGUUCUACUGAUUGAGAUGGAAUAUUUCGAUUUCCGUCUGCUAGCAGUUAGCAGUCUAUUGGAAGCGGUGGACUGUACGAUGAAUCCGAUGCUGUGUCUGCUGGUGUCCCGUGAAUGGCGGGAAGCGGCACAGCGACUGCUGCGCUCCGGUAAAUAG